AUUGUUUUAUUUUUUAAUAUGGUUUUGGGAACACAUGAGAGAGAAACUCCUAACGGUCGUCAUGAAGCCUGUUGAAACUCGUUUCUUUUUUCUAUAAACAAAACAGAGACGAUAAUCCAGACACAAAAGAAAAUCUGGCGGGAGGAUGAACACAGAGUUCAUUUGUUAUUCAUUAAAGACAGUUGAACAUAACAUUUUUGAUUAAAAUUAUUAUAUUUAUUGACAAGUUUACAUGACAACAUUUAAUUACAUUAUUCAAUUAUCAGUAUUUAAUUAUUUGUGAAUUAUUGUGUUGAGGUUAACUCUGAAUCUUGCAUAAUCCGGCCAAAAUUAUCACGUGUAUUUGUUGUCAGGGUCAAGAUCAUCAUUGUUUCUUAAUUAAUCAUUACAAAUAAUCAUCAUGGUUAAUCAAGAAAGAGUCAGGACCAAGAGGAAAAUUCAAGAACCACUUGAAACCGAAGUUGUCGAGCCAAAAAGACCAAGAUCUGACAUCCCAAUCAAAGGUGCAGGAAAAAUUGCUAAAAUUCUUGUACGUAAUUUUUUUUGUCAUGAGCUAUUGGAAGUUGAUUUUAAUCCAUCAGUCAAUUUCAUUGUUGGAAAAAAUGGUAGUGGUAAAAGUGCCAUUCUUGCUGCACUUACAGUUGGUCUGGGUGCUCGUGCAUCAAUUACAAGACGUGGUGAUUCACACAAAACUAUGAUUAAAACUGGAAAAACUUCAGCAACAAUCGAAAUAACAUUGACGAAUAAUGGUCCAGGUGCAUUUCAACCUGAGAAAUAUGGUGACUCAAUUAAAGUUGUUCGUACAAUCAGCUUAACAUCAUCAAGCUAUGCAUUAAAAAAUUCAGCUGGAAAAUUAGUUUCUAAAAAAAAAGCUGAUUUAGAUCAAGCUAUUAGUUUUUUAAAGAUUCAAGUUGAUAAUCCAGUCUCAGUUCUUAAUCAAGAUUCAGCAAAAGAUUUUUUACUUCAAGCAAAUUCAGCUAAAAAAUAUGAGCUAUUUAUGAAAGCAACACAACUUGAAACAAUUGGUAAUAAUUAUAAAGAAGCUUUACAAACAAGUAAAGCAUCAAAAGAACACUUGGAAGAAACUGCUAAACAAAUGAAACAUGAAAAACAACAAAUACAACAAUUAGAAUUAAAUAUAAGUCGUUUAGAUUCAGUUGAACGUGAUCAACUUUAUCUUGAACAGCUACAAUCUGAAUUACUUUGGUCAAAUGCAAUAAAAGAAGAAAAUAAAUUAAAAAUGUAUGAAAAUGAACUUGCUAAAAAUGAAGAACAACUUUCAAAUCUUUUAAAUAAUGAAAAUGCUGAAGAAACAAGAAUCAAUCAAAUUAAUAUUGAUUUGAAAGAUUUAGAUAGUCAAAAAAAAACCAUUGAAGAACAAAUAAAUAAAGCACGUGAAAAAGUACGUGAAAAACGUAUUGCACUUGAAACUGCACAAGAUAAAUUAAAUAAACAUAGACAAACAAUAAAAACUGGUAGAACAAGAAUACAAAGAAAUGAAAAUAGUUUACAACAAUUUACAGCUGCACUUAAUAGUGCUCUUGAAGGUACAGGACAAGCUGCAACUGAAAGAAAUACAUUGAUUCAAGCAAAAACUGAAGCUGAAGAAGAACAUAAAAUAAUUCAAUCAUCAUUAGUUGCACGAAAAGUUGAAGUUGAUAAUUUAGAUAAUACAAGACGUCAAAUGAAUGAAGAAAUUGCUGAUUAUAAUAAACAAUAUGAAACAAUUAACAAAAAAAUUAUGUCAUUGAAAAGUCAAUUACGUAGUUGCGAAAGUCAAAAAGGUAAUGCAUUAUCAGUAUGGCAUUCAGAUAUGCCAAGAUUUGUUAGACGUAUACAAGAAGAAGUAAGACGUGGUAGAAUUAAAAAACAACCAAUUGGUCCAGUUGGUGCAUAUCUUAAAAUACGUGAUCCACAAUGGACUCCUGCUGUUGAAAAGUUAUUAAAUAAAUCAACACUUAUGACAUUUUGUGUUGAUAAUAAUAAUGAUGCACAAGUUAUUAAAGGAUUGAUUGAAGAAGUAUUUGCUACAAGUACAAAUCGUCCAAAUAUACGUAUUUAUUGCAGUGAAUUUCUUGAUGCAGUACAUGAUAUUCGUAGUAAUCGUGUACAAUCACAAGAAUAUUCAAGUCUUUUAGAUACAAUGGAAAUAACAAAUGCUAAUGUUACAAAUUAUCUCAUUGAUUCAUUUGGUAUUGAAAGAAUAUUAUUAAUUCCAACAAGUCGAGAAUGUACUGAGAUACUUAAACAUAUUCAAACUGUACCAAAAAAUUGUUUUAAAGCAAUAACUAAAACUGGUGAUACAUUUUAUCCACAACCACAAUAUAGAACUUAUGGUGGUAGUGUACGUAGACCACAAUUUCUUGAAGUAUCAACAACUGAAAAAAUUCAAUCAUUUAAAAAUGAAAUGGAAGAACUUGAUAAACAACUUAAAUUUGUUUAUUCUGAGAAUCAAAAAUUACGUCAAAAACGUGAUGGUAUUGAUGAACGUUAUUCUGUUAUAUCAGCUGAAAUGAAUCGUUUUAAAGGUAUGCAAACAAGAUUAAAAAAUAAAAUUGAAGAUUGUACUGAACAACUUAAUGCAUUAACUGAUAGUGAUCAAAAUAUUGGUGUAUACAGAGAUGAAAUUGCUCAAUUUGAAGCUAAAAUAGCAACAGAUAAAGAAGCUGAAAAACAAUUACUUGAUGCAAAAGUAGAACUUGAUACACAAAGAACCAAUGCACAUGAAAUAUUUGAAGAACAACAAAAAAUAUUAACAGAUCUUGAAAAACAAAUAUCUCCAAUUAAAAAUAAAAUAAAACAAUUGGGUGAUGAAAAAAUAAAGCUUGAUGUUGAUUCAAGAUAUGCAACAAAACGUGUACAAGAUACACGUAAAAAAGUACAAGAAAUAACUGCUGAAGUUGAAACACAAAGACGUGUAACUGAAAAAUCAGUUAAUGAAGCUGAAAAACAUUGUUUAAGAGUUGAUACAAAAAGAUCAGCUAGUGAAAUUAAAAAAAUGUCAAGUCAACUUAAAGCUGAAAUUGAUGCUGUUAAAAGAGAACUUGGUAAUCGUGAACAAUUAUUUAAACAAUUAAAUGAACUUAGAACAAAACAUGGUGGUAUUAUUGAAUUUUUUCAAAAAUUAAAUGAAACAAAUGAAAAACAUUUAGAAAGAGUUGCACAAAGAAAACAUCAUUGGUCACGUAUGAAAAAAGAAAUGGGUUUCCAAAUUGAAAAUGCAUUUGAAUCAAUUUUACAAUUACGAGGUUAUCGUGGUUGGAUUAAAAUUGAUCAUCGUGAUAAAAAAUUAGAUCUUGAAGUAACACCACAAAAUACACAAGAACGUGCUGUUAAUGAUGCUAAAACUUUAUCUGGUGGUGAAAGAUCUUAUUCAACUGUUGCAUUUAUUUUAGCACUAUGGGAAUGUACAUCUGUGCCAUUUUAUUUUAUGGAUGAAUUUGAUGUAUUUAUGGAUAAAAUUAAUCGAAGAAUGGUUAUGGAUUGUCUUCUUGAACAUGCUAGAACACAUCGUCAAUGUCAAUUUGGAUUUUUAACACCUCUUGAUGCUUCAAUUGUCACUGCAAAUGAAAAUCUUAAAAUUCAUCGUAUGCACAAUCCAGAAAGAGAACAAGAACAACAAGAACAAUCAUAAAUUUUCUUCUCUUCAAGAGCAUGUACAUGAUAGCAAAAUAAAAAAAUAAAAUAAAAUAACAUUCGGUUCAAUGACAUUGUUAACAGCAAGAUUGUCAAGAUAAGUUUAUAUUUUUUUUUUAAAUUAAACAAAAAAAUUUAUACCCAGA